AUGAAGACUUUUGCCCCUUCUUGGGCUCUUCUCGGAAUUCGACCGCCCAUUACACAAGAGGUUUUUGACACAGCACAGCAAUUUGGGAUCCAAAUCAACCCAAAUUACCAAGGAGAAUACGGCGAAUUCGCAUUCAGUAACUCAGGCUGUUCCCCCAACGAAAACUGCGCCAUCUUUAUUACAAGAAUCCCUCCAAAUGCGACUAAGAAGGAGAUCCUGGAUUCCAUUAUUGAGGGCAAAAUCUUCAACUUCUCAAGAACUUCACCUGAUGCUGUGCACGACAAUGCGGCGGCUCAUGUUACCUUCUUUGAGCGUUCGGCGGUCGAUUGGCUCCUUCAGCGCGCUGAAUUAGUAGAGGGGUUUCGAAUUAAAGGAUAG